GUGGAAGCUGUUCGUAGCUUUCCUAUCGCUACCCCACUUCAUCUCCUUCUUAAAAAGGACAUCAAGUAUCUAUGGUCGUCCAAACAGGAAACUGCCUUUCAGGCCUUAAAAGAAAAGCUCACCACGGCCCCCAUCCUUGCCUACCCUAAUUUUUCACAAGAGUUUUUGCUUUUCACGGAUGCUUUGGGAAUCGCUCUUGGCACAAUUCUUUCCCAGAGAGAUUUGCAAGGAAGAGAAAGGGUCAUUUCUUAUGCUAGUCGCAGCAUGUCAUCUGCUGAGCGCUACUAUUCAGUGACUGAACAAGAGUGUCUGGCCAUCAUAUGGUCUGUGUCCCACUUCCGACAAUAUCUUCACG